UUGUAGUUACCAGCUGCCAGCCAUGGUCAACCCCACCGUGUUCUUCGACAUUGCCGCCAACGGCAAGCCCUUGGGCCACGUCUCCUUCAAGCUAUUUGCAGACAAAGUUCCAAGGACAGCAGAAAACUUUUGUGCUCUGAGCACUGGAGAGAAAGGAUUUGGUUAUAAGGGUUCCUGUUUUCACAGGAUUAUCCCAGGAUUCAUGUGCCAGGGUGGUGACUUCACAUGCCAUAAUGGGACUGGUGGCAAGUCCAUCUAUGGAGAGAAAUUUAAAGAUGAGAAUUUCAUCCUAAAGCAUACAGGUCCUUGCAUUUUGUCCAUGGCAAAUGCUGGACCAAAUACAAAUGGUUCCCAGUUUUUCAUCUGCACUGUCAAGACUGAUUGGUUGGAUGGCAAGCAUGUGGUGUUUGGGAAGGUGAAAGAGGGCAUGAAAGUCGUGGAAGCCAUGCAGGGCUUUGGGUCCGGGAAUGGCAAGACCAGCAAGAAGGUGACCAUUACCGACUGCGGACAACUCUAACACAUUUGACUUGGUUUAUCAUAACCACCAGACCAUUCCUUCGUAGCUCUGGAGAGCACCC